AUGUCGCUUUCAUCCACCUCCUCCUCUUCCUCCUCCUACAGCGUAACGAACCUUUCCGUUAUUGAUGAAAAGCUCGAGAUGCCACCUCCGCCCACAGAACUCCUCGUCAGAGACUUCGGUUGGCCAUCGGUUUCUCCGCGCUACCGCGGCGACCACACGCAAGAAAGCAACCCCGACUGGGAACACGACCCGCUUGAUUGCGAAAAGGCCAAGGCAGAGGCCUUUGAGAAGAUGGAGCGAAGCUACGCCCUCUACAUGGCCAAUCUUGAGAAGAAGCCGCCCGUGCAGAAGAAGAAGGCCACCUGGGCUCGCUUCCUACCUUGGAUCCGGCCUGCCGAGCCAUGA